AUGGGUCGUCGUGCACUAUCAGCGCAAGAAAGGGCAGAUAAGGCUGCCCGGGAGCGAGACCGGUCGAGGCGAUAUCCACAUGGUAACGAACAGCGCGAUAACAUUACCCUACACCAAGUAGGCGACCAUCCAGUCUCUGGUAUUCUCCGAAGAAGCCGAACCCCAUCCCCUAAUCGGUUGAUCACAACGACGCACGAGCCGCCGACAAUACAAGUAGACGAAACAACCCUGCAACCGGAUGUAUCUACACAGUCGAUCGGCCAAUAUGCAGAUUCCCAUGCCGUCUGCAUUGCGGCACAAUAUCCUGGAACCGCAACUAUAGAGGAUGAGGCAGAAUCUACCUCGGCUGCCGAACCCUCAAGCCUAUAUCUUCCUAUUCAAGUCGAACGACAGGCCAUUUAUAGACCUGGUCGUCCUCAGAAGGACCCUGCCCUGUCGCCGCGUGCGCGAACGCGUCUCCGUGUCCAACAACACCGCGACCAACAGUACCUUACAAAGGCACAACAAAUCGUCCAACAAUUCGGCAUCACUCAAGAACUCCCGCCUACGGUCGAAUUCUCAGGCCUUACCUUGCAUGAUGGCCCAGCCUUAUCCAUUUCUGCCAAUGAGGCUCAGCCUGGACCGGAAUGCAGACCAGAUGGCGAGCCUGACCCUGAGUCCGAGGUUGAACCAAUACUAUUUCCACCAUCCCCAAGCCAUCUUACUGCUUAUAAUAUAGAGGAUGGCAAUGAUGGUGGCAUAUCCGAGAGCUUCGGGUUCGACAACGAUGCCAUAUCAGACCUAUCGAUCUCAACACGACCCUCAUUGCCUGACUUUACUCGGCACAGCAGUCAAUUACCUGAGCGAAGAGGCUCUACUUCUUCGUCAACGCCAAGCCCCCCAGCCUCAUUACCUUCGCCGUUGUCCAGUCCAUCUUCAAUACCGUCAGUGGGUAGAGAUGAAUCCAUCCUCAGCGGUUAUCUUCAAGCGAUUAAUGAACAAGAUACGGCUGGUGGUCCUGAUUUCCUACGCCAGCAGGGCGACAUAUAUGAUCGUGUACUUCGAACAUUCUUUAGCCAUCAAUGCAACUGCCCGAGUUCGCACGAGCAUGCCGAGCCAGAAAAUGCCCAAACACUACAGGAAUAUACCGAAUAUAUCAGCCAUACUCUCCCUCCUUUGCCGACUAUCUUUGCAGAACGCGAUAGUGCUUGUGAUCCGCGUGCUUCCUUUCCACAGUGGCGAAGCUUCCUCUCUGACCAACCGGCCGAACCCUUAUCGUUGCACAAGACACAGGCUUCGCUGCCCCACGGCUCCGUGACAGUCGCGCGACAAUGGGAUGUCGAUAGCAUCUGGCUCGGGGCGAAGAGUCUGUCCGCCAUACGAGCCCCCAGUCACUUUCGACUCUCGUUUUUCCCGGCUUACAAAAGCAACAUAUCCACCGCUCAAGUGAUACAGCCUCACGGUCUGGACCUGGCACAUACGCGACACACCUCCAUCGGCACCUUUACCACCACCGGCGUUCGUUUCUCCGUUCUGCUGUUUUUCCCCAACGGAGCUCGAUCGCGCACAAAGGCUUCUGCUAACAGCCUAUCCUUAGCACGAUUUAAGGAUUUAUACGACGAGAUUAUCCUUCCGGCUAUCUUUGAAUCGGUCCCUGAUCAUGUGCAACAAGAGAUACCCAGCUCGUACGACCUCCUAUAUGCUAAGUCUCGUGCAUACCAGGAGAAACCAGGUGCUGGCCGUUGGAGCGCCGAAGAUGAGAGCCGAGCGUUUCGCCUGUCCUAUAGCAUCCCCGCCAGAAACCUUGCAGACUUCUGGGUAUCGGUAGUAGAGAAAGCGAACAUGCAUCGUGUGCAAACAAGGAGAGGAGACGCUGUUCCAUACUUCGGAAACCCUCGUCUACUCUUCCAAGCACACGAUCUGAAGAAUACGUUUGCAUCGCAGACCCUUGGGGAAAGCUUGGCUCUAUUUCGGGACAUCGUCCUGGCUGGGCUUGGUGCAAAUCAGAUUGACAUGCACUCUUGCUGGCUUGAUGUAGGUAUGCGAGAUCACGUUCGUCAACCAUCGUCUCCAUCGCUGAUCCAUCAUGGAGGCGAGCCUUGGACACUUCUGUGGAAAAGCGCUUGUUGCGAGCACCUCCAUGACCAACUGGGUGGUAUAGUCCCCGAAGCCUCUCUAGUUGCUGACCAGUAUCGGUCAUAUCUUCUUCGUGACGUGGGAACAUACUAUGCAAAGGCAAAGCCAAGUCGGGCAUCAAACCCUGGCCACCCUGAGGCUAGAGCACCUGACAUCAUUCGGGCCAAGGCAUAUAACUGUAGCAAAGACCUCUUUGGGGUCAUGUUUAGCGAUUAUCAGCUCUUCAGCUCAGGAUUAUUGCCGCUUCUGGCUUUUGACGAGGCAAUGUUGAAAGAUCUAGCGGCUACGGAUCAAAACCGCCAGCGUGCCUUCGUAUCGCAGCUCAACCGCUCCCGUCUUGUAGAUGCCUGGGAAGCCAAUAAGCGGCAUAUGAGAGCUAUUGCUACUUUGAAACGAUAUCCGAAUUUUGGGAUCCGGAAAGAGGUCACCCUCCGUCUCGAUGUUACCCUCGCCAUGUGGGCCGAUGGUAUGCUAGACCCUGACCAAAACCCUCAUACCGGCCCAAUAUGCUGGAAUAUUCCCUUCACUUCCGCAACCAGUGAGCAACACUGUCCUUUUUGGGUGCUUCCAACAGAGACAGUGGUCAAAUGUGUAUCUACACAAGCGGCUCGUUUUCUGCUUCCGCUUGAUCACAUAUUUCUACAGGCGUCGAAGGAGGUAGCUGAGCCUUCAUCAUCAUCUUCAUCCUCCUCACUUGAUCUCGUCCAGCAGAUCCUUGGACUUUACACCUACCAUGUAUUUCCAUCAGGAACGCGGCCCAUUCCCGCUUCUGCACCAAUCACCUUAUCCCAACCAUCCUUGUUUGCUACCAGCCUGGGAACGGGGCCCAUUCCCAAAAUCCAUCUCAUCUCCCAAGUAAAAUAG